AUGUCACCUAAAAAAAGUGUUAAAAAUCAGCGACCUAAGAGAAAGAGUACAGAAAAACUACAAAACAAGAAAGAAAAACCUAAAUCCAAUAUGCCUACCAACAUUAAAGUUAGCAUACCUAUACGGAAUAACAUUGGGAACACAGAAGAAGGAAUUCACUUCCCGAUUGUUCGAGGGAAGCGACCUCCCCAGUUCAAGAGGCACUUGGAUACAAAAACUCAAUUAGAUCUCGCAAAUACAGUUGCAAGACAACAACUAAUUAAAGAAGAACCACCAAUAUUUCAGUUAGACAAUAUAGUUAUAAUUCAAAAACCAAUGAAAAAAGGAAGAAAAAGAAAAAAUACUGACUAUUACGAUGAAGAUGUAGCUAUGGAGCCUAUGGACAAUAAUGCAGAAAACGUUGUGACUUCAACUGAUACUAAACCUCAAAAAAUAAAAGUACCUACCAAACCAACAACUACAAGAAUUGUCACUAGAAAAAGGUUGGCUGACUCAACAGCCAAUAGUCAACCAACAUCUUCAAAAAAAGCAAAAGUAGACACUAAAUUACCAAAAACUGAAAUAAAAGCAGAAAAACACAUUGCAGCUGAAGAGAUUGUACCUGACAGUAAACCAAUAGUAGAAUCGCAGGUUAAACCUGCGGCAAGGAGAGGUAGACUUGCAUUGAAACCACUGCGGCCUAGAGCCAAUAAACCAGCACCAAAGUGCCGUGUUGCACUCAGGAGAGGAUCCAAAGAGCUAUAUGAACAGACCACCCGGACCCAAGUACUGAAAUUCUUCACCAAAGUAAGUAUGUUAAGUUUUCAAUGUAAAAAUACUUUAAAAAAAUACCUAAGCUACCUACAAUGUUGUAAUUAUAGGUAUUUAAGCCUUAUUCUUUACCUUAGCGGUAUUGUAAUAUAG